UUAUUGCAAAACAGUAUGUGUGCUGAUGCAUAUCUGUAUCUGUGGUUUAUCUUGCUAUUUCCUUGCUGUUCCCUGAUUGAAAGCUGUAACACACACAGACAAACUCUUCAUUAAGAGUUCUUUGACCUCCCAAGAUGUCUGCAGACGCUGAAGCACCAAGUUUAAAUUUGAAUGUGAGAUAUAGCAGAGAAGACAAAAAGAACAAAGGACAGCAAGAGGAUAUCCAGGUGGAGAGCUACGAGGAUCAAGAGACUUUAAAACUUGGACAUGCUGAUCUCAGAUCCCAUAAAGUUGCCCAUAGAAGGCGUUUUGCUACUGCGAUCAUUCUGGUGCUGUAUCUUCUGAUAUUGGCCGGAGUCUUCAUGCGCUACAUUUCUGUCACAUUGGAUCAAAAAACUUUGGUGAUGGAAAAAGAGCAGCUCAUGAUCACUCUGAACCAGACACAAGCCAGAAUCACCAAUCUCACUCAAGAGAACGAUGAGCUACAGACCAGAUAUGACAGCCUGAGCAAUGAGAACAGCCGGUUGAAGACUGAAAAUAUGAACAUGAAAGCAGAUAUUAACGCUCUCACUGAAGAGAGAGGCAAACUACAGAGCAGAUCUUGCGUGCCAAAUUUUGUCAUAGGCGGUCUAGUCCCUCUCUAACCUUUCUGCAUCAAUGAAGCAACAUCUGUGAGCUACAGAGAUCCAUGCAGUCAACUUGAGUCAGACACUACACUCGUGUGGUAUACUCUUGUCACUGCAACAUAUAUCCAACACCAUGUUUCGAUCAUGCCUGUUAUCCGAAGCUGUCAGUGCUCUGCUCACUCUCGAGGUGCCACACUGCUCAACUGAAGUAUGCUGCCACUCACUGUUACUGCUUAUGCUGCUGCUACUCAUACAAUACAGCAUCUCAAACACCCACCUCCACCUGAAGGA